AUGCCUUUCUUCAGAGACCUACGUCGGCGGUCCAAGGCAAGCUUCCGCACCUCCGACUCCUCAACCGAGUCCACGGGCACGGUCCCAACCACAAAAUCGUCAUCCACUUUGAAUUCGGCCUUAGGCAGCACCACCCCUCCAUCAACGUAUCAUCCUAAUGGCUCCAACUCCAACAUACUGGCAACGACCAAGUCGCCUACAAACGGCGACUCUGUACCACCUGUCCCACAGAGACCAAAUGUUACCGUUCCCAACACCAACAGGAAUAGCAUGGUAACCCUCUCGCCUUCCGGCUCCAACCUGGCUGUCCGAGCCCCUCCCCCGACCUCUGUCUAUGCGCCCAAAAUCACUUCCGUCCUUGACAACUCAGUGGUCUACUCCAAAGUCCUUCUUAUCAAUGGCGAGAUCGGCGACCCUCAGCAAAGAGCCCUCGAUGGCCACCUCACAAUACACCACGAUAAAGAAGGGCAGGCAUUUCCUUCCACCAGUUGGCCUGUCUGUGAUUCCUACUUCAAAGCGCUGGUCUACCUCUCCCCAGGCUGGAACAGGAUAAGAUUCGACUUCACCUCGCCGAAAUUAAGCCCCAUUCCCAACGGAUCCUCGAUACAACAUACCUCUUACAUCAUGUUAAAUUACCUCCCUUUGAAUAGUUCACCUCCCCUCCAACUUGUCAUCCUUGCCGGCAAGGACUCACCCUGCACCUAUGAUGCGACCCCACAAAGAAUACAAAACGAGGGCAAUGACCUCAGCAUGGCAAUUCGGAAAUUCCGAAUGGCAGCUCAUCUCUGGCAGGCCUUUACCGCAGAGCAAAUGCACCGAAACAAGUUUGCCCGACGCUGCUUCAGAUUCGAUGAGGAGUGGCAGACAGGAACUCUCUCCGUGCGCGAUUGGGAAUCGGGCCAGAUGAAGAACGAAGCAAGAGUUCAUGUCAUUCGAUCGGAACACACUGUUGCCGAGCUGCGUGAUCUGGAAAAAGCCCAGCAGCACGGCCCAGCCUCAAAGAAGGGCGACCUUUAUGGAAUCGCCGCCGACGCGAUCAAGAAACAUUUCAACAUCAAGCCUGGGCAGAAGCAAUACGUGGCCUGUCUCAUUCUCGACUCACACUGGGACAAAAAGGCGGGAACAAUCACUGCACAUGCUGCUUUGGGCGGAACUGGUGAUGACCUCGGCCUAGCCAUUUUCGGAUCGCAUGCCUUGCAAAGCUAUCCGUCCUGCAUCGAAGAAGUUGUCCCGGCCUUGUCGGAUUGCACUCGCACCGACACUGACCAUGUCGCCAACGAUUGCAACGAGUCGGGAAGCAGUUGGGAGGCAGCAAACAUUGGUAUUGGAGCUCACUUGCACGAAGUUGGUCACUUGUUCGGUUGCCCUCACCAAGAGAACGGCGUCAUGCUCCGAGACUAUGUGCGACUGAACCGAACUUUUCUCGUGCGCGAGCCCUACUCCACGAGGACAAAAUCCCAAGGACUUAAAAUCUGUCGACAAGAGGACGAGUGUGCUUGGCACAGACUGGAUGUCCUCCGCUUCCGCCAUCAUCCUUGCUUCAGGCUUCCCAGUGACGAGCCACUGACUUCGUUUGACGACAGCAUUCAAUACUUUUCCGUGGGGAAUGGACGUCUCAUAGUUUCCGCUCCGACUGGUAUCUCUUUUGUGGAGAUCUGGGUUGUGGGCGAUGAUGUCUGCCGGCAGUGGAUGGACUUCACAAACACUGAAUCCCGGAGCACUCUGCCAAGACAGGUCACCCUGACGGAAGCUGAUAUUCGUUCACGACUACCAGAGGAUAGGAGGAAGUCAAAGAUCAUGCUCCAGAUUUUCUGCGGGAGCUCGAGGAGCGAGAAGCUUGAAGAUCUCGAUGAAAUCUUGUCCAAGAAGAACACCGUCAAUCUCCCACACGUUCGACAAGCCCCGAAACGAGAUGAAGGGCUAACGAUGAACGCCUAUAACAACGUGCUUGGUCUCGGCAAAUCCUUUGAUUCUCGAUUGGGCUUCAAGAGCAAGAAACUUGGACACUCGGGUCUCGAAGGAUCCAAGCCUGAAGAAUUGAUCCUCGAAAGCGCCAAUCUCCAGACCAAAUUGUUGACGUCGGUCAAAGUCUACUCUGGCUAUGCCUUGGAUGGAAUUGAGUUUUGCUAUGAAGAUGGACAUAGUCAAUUAUUCGGGAAACGGGGUGGUAAACCUGGUGGGGACGAAUUCUUCCUUGAUACUCGACGUGGAGAGACUAUUCUUGGAUUCUAUCUUCGAGCAGGGGCUUGGAUUGAUGGUAUUGAGAUCUUGACUAGCUCAGGACGACGAUCAGGAGUUUUUGGCAAUGCCAUGGGCGGGUCAGGACACACUCUAUUGGCACCACGAGGCUACUUUCUCGCCGGCAUCACAGGGUCCUGCGGAAAGUGGAUAGAUGGAUUUCAGAUCAUCAUCACAAGGUGA